AUGAAGCUACUCUUGUACCUAGUAUUGUUACAGAAUACGUGUAUUUUUGUACGUGCCAUAAAUAGUGUCAAAAAUGUUACUAAUAUUACAGAAAAAAGCAUUGGACCUGGAGAUGGAUUAGAUCUCUCAGGGACUGGAAUGUCAACGCCACACAUCUCUCAUCUGGCAUCAACAAAUCCAUUUAGUAUAUUAUCACCAAGUCCACAACCAACUAGUUCUCAAUCUAGUACUAUCGACGUUCAUACAAUCGGCGGCCUUAGAAACGUCAAUAUGCAGUUAUCUCCAGGGAGAAAAGACAAUCAUGAAGGGAAAUGUGAGGUGUAUGUGGGAAAAACAUGUGCACAAUUUUUAGGAAAUCAAUCAGUUUAUAUCCCAUAUCCAAUGACGCAAGAGUUACUUGAUGAUAAGUUGAUGAAAGCUUUUGGAGUUAUUAAAUACUCAAAUGAGGUUUCAUCAAAUUGUCAGGGUUAUGCAAAACCAUCACUAUGUUACUCUGCAUUUCCAAUAUGUCGUGAUCCUGCCAGUAUUUUUAAGCUAAAAAAUUCAGAUGCUAGUGCAAGUUUGUUUCACUUUUUAAACUCGAAUCAGGGUGAUUUAUCACGAGAUAUGGGCGAUGGAGAUGAUACAGAUGACAUCGCUGGAUCUCAUAUUCCGCGAAAACGCAGUCCCACAUUGGGUCCUGGCUCAGAAUUCAAUCCAUACAAACAUGAAAAGAAUACCAAUAAAAAAAUAAUUAAUCAAAGCUAUGGGGAUGCACAGUCCUCUGUUAGGAACGAGAUCAAUCGUAAAUUACGAAGGAUCUGUCGGCGUGAAUGUGAAAUGCUGGAAAACGACUUGUGUAAGAAAGAGUAUGCAAUUGGUAAAAGACAUCCGCUGAUUGGACAUCAAGUGCCUUUAGUUGACUGUUCUGAUUUACCAAUGGAAGAUACCCCCGAGGCUCGUGAUUGUUUAAGUCUUGGAAUUUCCUCAGGAAACAAUGUACAAGAAAACGAUUAUUGUUACUGGGGAAGUGGAAAGUCUUAUCGUGGUAUUGUAAAAACAAGUAUUAGCGGAAGACCAUGCAUGCAAUGGUCGCAUGGUGAAUUCAAUCUCCAGAUUUCCGAUUAUCCCGAAUUAGCUGGAAAGCAUUCAUAUUGUCGCAAUCCAGGUGAUAAAGAAUUGAAACCAUGGUGUUAUGUUUAUGUCGAUAGUAAACCGCAGAAAGAAUUUUGUAAUAUACCUAAAUGUGUUGAAAACUUAUGGAUCUAUGCAGUCGUUGGUUUUGCCCUAACAGGAGGAUCUGUUGUCAUGUUGGUCUGUUAUUGCUGCUGUUAUAGAAGCAGAAAGUCAAGAAGGCAAAUGAAUCAUUUGCCAACAAAUAAAAUGUUAACGGGUAUACAAUGUGACAAGAAUAUAUACGACGGAAGACGAAACACAACACAACCAAUGGAAAUGAGUUCCCUGUUAGCCGGUCCCGGCAACACAACUCCAGGAACCGGAACAUUAAGUAGCGGUAGUAGUAGAACAUCCAAUAACAGAGUGCCACAAUUUACAACGAAUAAUGUUGUACUCUUGCAAGAACUUGGAGAAGGAGCUUUUGGAAAAGUAUACAAAGGGGAACUACAAACAGGCAAUAAAUGCGAACCUCCGAUUUACGUAGCAGUGAAAACGUUAAAAGAGAACGCAAGUCCAAAAACACAGAGCGACUUCAAACGGGAAGUUGAUCUGAUGACAGACCUAAGGCAUCCAAACAUUAUUUGCUUACUGGGCGUGAUAUUAAAAGGGGAACCAAUGUGUAUGUUGUUUGAAUACAUGACCCAAGGGGAUUUGCACGAGUUUCUCAUUUGCCAUUCGCCAAGAUCGGACGUUCCAUUGAACAAUGGAACCGGAAAGAUUUUAGAACAACCGGAAUUCUUGCACAUCGCUUUGCAAAUCGCAUCUGGUAUGGAAUAUUUAGCCAGUCAUCACUACGUACAUCGAGACUUAGCAGCAAGGAAUUGUCUAGUUGGUGACAAUUUAACAGUAAAGAUCUCGGAUUUCGGUUUAUCUCGCGACAUAUACAGCAGCGAUUACUACAGAGUUCAAUCUAAAAGUCUACUACCCGUUCGAUGGAUGCCGCCAGAGUCGAUCCUUUAUGGGAAAUUUACGACAGAAUCUGAUGUAUGGAGUUUCGGAGUCGUAUUAUGGGAAAUUUAUAGUUAUGGUUUACAGCCGUAUUACGGGUAUAAUAAUCAAGAAGUAAUAGACAUGAUUCGGUCUCGGCAACUGUUACCCUGUCCAGAGGACUGCCCGACGAUGAUUUACAGCCUAAUGAUAGAGUGCUGGCACGAGGUGGCGAACCGCAGACCACAGUUUCCAGAGAUUCACCAUCGUUUGCACAAUUGGUAUAUAAACCAAACUUACCUGAGCGAUUUCUGUAACGAAUCUAUUACCAGCUAUUCCGGGAGCAGUCACAAAAGCACGAAUAAAACCAAUUCCACGCAGUUGUCAGCUCCAAUAUACAAGUGUGAUCCGAAGGACAUGAACUUCAAGGGGAACACGGAGCAACAGCCGUUCUGCAACUUGAAUGAUCACAGCAACGGGAUCAAGAUGCUGCCACCAAGCUUUCAGAACUCGAACUCCGUCGAACAGAGGACGAACUGCGGUUUCAUAGAACACAGCACGCCCAUGAAAGCCCCCACUUAUCCGAACCAGACAAACAUUAACUUGAACGAGUACGACGACAAGCAGUGUUGCUCACCGAAACUGAGCGGAGCCAAAAAAGUUUUGCCCCCGGCCCCGCAGCAAAUGAUCAAAACAAACACGCCCAAUGGAACCAGACCGAUGCAGAACGGAGCACAGCUUGUUGUCAGGUUACCAGACCCAAGCAAGGUUAUCACCGAGACCAGGGUAUCGAAGUGA